AUGAACAUGGAAAACGACUUGAAGGAAGAACUGAAUAGAAGAAUCAGAGCAGCAUGGGCAGCAUUCACAACCGUCAGGGAAGCUACGGACCAACUGAAAGACCAAGAUCUUCGUGCCCAUCUGUUCGACUCGGCAAUUGUUCUAGCGCUCUGUUACGCAGCGGAGACAUGGGCAGACAGCGCUGCCACGUCUAGGAAGCUACUUACUACCCACAAAGCCCUUGAGAGAUGCCUUGUGAAGUUUAAUCGGCGCAUACAACACCUAGCCGGUCUUCGCAGCUCCGACUUAAGAGGAAUGUCCCGUGUUCGUGACCCAGCGGAAUAUGUAUCGAAAGCAAAACACAAAUGGGAGGGUCACACCAUGAGAAGAAUCGACGAUAGAUGGACUAAAAGAACGCUAAAGUGGAUCCCAAGAGAUGCUAAACGCCCUCGAGGGAGACCGCCAACGAGAUGGGAUGACGUGUUCGCUACACGGAUGGACCAGCUGAGAGCUCAGCUGGAUACGGCUCAAGGACUUCAUCAACGUCACUCACGAACUUUGAGAACAUCUUCGAUGACAAUGGCGAAGGAACUGAACGAGCGGAAGAGAUGCUGGGGCCCACACGUCUAG